AUGAAUAUGUCAGAUGAAAAUCUUAUGAGCGAAGUAAAUUCAACUAAUUGGAAAGAAUAAACAAUAGUAAAGGAAUUUGACUAUUAUAACAAAAAUAAAUACAUGGUUGAGAAAACUAAAAUUGAAAUAAAAUUUACAUCAGAUCAUUAAAUCAUUUAUUUAAAAAAUGAAGCUAUCCUCAGAGUGUAAAUCUUUCUUAUAUCAAAGAGAGAAUAGCUUUAUGUACUAAAUUAUCCUUAAAUAUUAAAUAAUGUGGAACAAAUCUAAAGUCUUACUUGGAAUGGUUAAUUUGAUUUGAAAAAAAAGAAGGAAGGGAAAUGUAUUGCAUCUUGGAAUGGCAAAGUUAUAAUGAAUGUUGGUGGAUAUUAUAAGAAUGGCUUAAAGCAAGGUUUAUGGCUAGAGCUAUUCAAAAAUUAUUGGAGGUAGUUUUAUCUUGAUUUUAUGUUACAAAUAAUAAGGCUCAAACUUAUGAAACAGGAGAAUAUUAGAAGGAUUUAAGAAUAGCCAAAUGGAAUUACUUUUAUGAAAAUAAGAUAGUGUGUUUUUUAUCAUUAUUUUAGAGGUGGUGGGCUAUACAACAAUGAAGGCAAGAAAACAGGCAAAUGGAUCGAGUUAGAUGAAAGGUUUUAACUCUACAAAUAAGUAAUUUUUACUGGUGAAUAUAAUAUGAAAGGUAGGUAGAUGGGAAAUUAUGUAUUGUGAUUAUUGGAGGGAAUAUAAAUAUAUGUAAAUAAAUUUUAAAGUAUAAGAAACAUUAAAGAUUUACGCCGUAUUUUUAUAGGUGGUGGAUCAUACAAUAAAGAAGGAAAUUAGAAAAAGAGUGGAAAGUGGGUAGAAUUGGAUGAAAAGUUUUAUG